AUGCCGGGUGCCCUGUGGCGCCGCUUGGUGGGGGACCGUCUAUUCCUCCGCUCUCGGGUGAUGAGACCCACAUGGGUGUCCCUCCUGUCUGGAGGCCCUAAAGCAACAGGCGUUGCGGAUCUCCAUCGUCUUUCUCGGAAUGAUCGGGUAAGCGACACUCCUUGGGAGCUCAACUAUGGUGCAUACGAAAUUGCGGAGGCAAGACAGUGGUUUCUACUUGUAUGGAUUAAUUGCAACCUCAAGUUUUACUUCUCCAGUCUGGGGGUGAAGGCUGCCUCACGAGAAGAUGGAAUGUCAUUCCAACUAUUUUAUGCAAUGUUUGGUCGUGUUUGUAUUUUGAUCAUCAUCGCAGCGCAGUUCCCCAACGGCACCUUUAAAAUUGUCCGCAACAAGGACGGUUAUUUCUAUUGCCAGUGUGCUGCCCCCAAAUGUGCACGGUUGUUUUCUACCACCCAAGGCAUUCAGAAUCAUGCCUCUAAAAGUGUAUUUGACUGGCUUGAGAAGCCGCCUGGUCUGACUGCCCCUGCUACCGUCCCGGAUGCCAAUCCUGAUGGAGAGGCCAAUCCCGCGGCUAAUGGCGAAAGCAGGUCAAAUGCAACUCCCCCUCCCGGGGAUCAGGAUCCAGAGGACCAAGUACAGGGUCUACCCUCUGAGGAUGAAAAUGAUCUGGCUUCCCACUUUAUCGACUUUCCCGCUAUCAGAACUAUUGGCUGCGUUGUCGAGUCCCGCACUCGGCUCUUGUACUGCCUCAAGUGCAAGGUUAUGCUGCCUUACACCUGGCUUCCCGACCACUGGUCCCAAAAACACAAGGGGCUUGGUAUUCAUCCCAAGCCUAACCAGUUCUUUUCCCUUGGAAAGGAAUACAAAUUGGCCAAAGAGCUUCCUGAGCUUUGGCUCUCCUUGGAGCCCAUUCCCUCCCUCAAGGGUUUGCCUGUUGUUUCCGACUGUGUCCGCUGCCCUCACUGCCGCCACGUCUACCUCGCGUCCAGCCUCGCCUCGCACUGCUCCCGACAGCACCCUGGGCUUCCCGUCCCGACUUCCCUCCCCCGCAUCAAGGCGCAACGGCUCAGCAACGGAACCAAGAAUCGGCUUUUCGAGGUUACGGAACCAUCCGAUUCGGACGACUCCUCUGUUGUUGACCUCACCCCGCUGGAAAAGAUGUUCUCGGAGCAGCGCGCUGAACGGGACCGCCUCGCUGAGGAGCACCGUUCCAACGAGGUGGAUUUCCGGAAUGUCAGCCCGUGGCUGAUGUACACUGGUUGGCACGAGCACGUUGAUCCUUAUAACGUCGACGACCUCAUCCGACUUGCCGCUUUGCCCUCCAAGCAGGAAAACUCUGACCGGAUCACCGACGCCGUGAUCGGGCUUUUCCGUUUUGCCUACGACCUCAUCCCAGCUUGCCUCGACAUGUUGCGGAACCCCCAUCCAGACCCCGAAAAAGACGAGAAGAAUCUUGUCUUGGCUCUCCAGAGCAUCUUUCUCCACCUCUGGACCCACUGCUGGAGCAAGCGGGAUGGCAACUCGAUCGGCGAUCCCACUGUCGCCUAUCUUGCGCUCUCGACCCUCAAGCCAGACGGCAGCUUCAAAGAGCCCACACUCGUUACGCCCGUCAUCGCCCAGAUCGAGUACUGCAUUCGGCUCUUCUUCCUCUACCUGAUCCACGUCAAGGGCAAGGGAGAACCGGAGCGCAUGACCGAAGUGGCGAAGCGGUACCGCCUUUACUACACCGAAAAGCAGCAGAGCACGACUUUCAACGAGAUUCGGGCUCUCCAGCACCGGGCUUCCGCCUACGCCUAUGCGGAAGACGGGUCGAUCAAGAUUGUCUGGACGGACCGCAAGAACUUCAGGACCAUGCUCUACAAAGGCGACCCGAUCCACCUCGACAACCUCACUCCGAUGUUCAACGCCAUGCAUUCGGACGCCAUCUCCAGGUGGGAGGACCACCUCCUUAUGGGCCUCGACCUACGGGUUGAUUACAAGGAUCUGGCCGACGAUCUCUCGAACAAUGCUGUUGGCUAUUCGUUCAUCCACGACCGGCGGAACAAGGUGUUUGCGGACCGGGACCGCCUCGUCCGAGCCAUCUGUGCGGACCGGAAGCUUUCGGAACAUUUUCUGACGGGCACCAUCGUUGACGGCAAGCCUAUGUGGAACAUCCAUGCGCUCCAGAGGUGGCUGAAGCACUAUGCCGACUUCCAUCUCCUUCUCCUGGCUUGCCUGGAGACCAUGGGUGGGUCCCCCGGACGAGGUACCGAGGUCUGCUGCCUGGAGUACCGCAACACCCGGACGCGACCUCAGCGUGGGCUGUACAUGGUUGGGAACCACCUCACGGUUGUGUGCCGUUACCACAAGGGUUCCUCCAUGACCGGGUUUGACAAGGUCCUCCCCCACUCGCUUGACGCGGUCACUUCGGACCUCCUCAUCCAAGACCUCGCCAUCGCCCGCCCAUUCGCCGAACUGGCCGCCAACAUCUGCUUCCCGAACAACCCGGAUGUCCUUCGUCUCUACGACACGCACCUGUUUGUCAACAUCAACUCUGCGUUCACGACCGAGCACCUGUCCGACACCCUCCGGCUGUACACUCUCAAGUACCUUGGGGUCUCUACGGGCACCCGCGACUGGCGCCACUUUACCUCUGGGUACCGGCACAAGAUCUGUCCCGGUUACGAAGAGGAGAAGGACAGGGAGAAGGAGGGUAUCGAGAGCCUGGCUGCUCUUCAGGCGGGGCACACCAGGUCCACGGAGAUGCGUCUCUACGGUGUCAGUGACUCCACAGUGCGCGGGAUCGCGGAGGACGUCAUGCCCAACUUUUUGGACAAGAGCACCGAGUGGCAGGUGGUCGUGCGUGUUGUGCCUGGCGGGUCUCUGCUUCCGUACCGAGAGGCCCGAGUGGAGCACUUUGACGCUCUUGCGGCUGCUGGACGGAUCAAGUCGAACUACCGGGGCCCGCAGGACGACUUUGCGACCGCGCUGGAGAAGAAGGCAGCUGAGCUCGAGGCUCGCCUGGAGACCCGGUUGGAGGCUAUGUGUGGGACCUUGAAGACGAUGAUGACUGACACUUUGACCUCCUUCUUCAAGGCCAAAACUCCUGGCGGUUUCAAUCCGCCUGCUCGUGUUGAAACCACACCCGGUGGUGCUGCCCCUCCCCCUCUCGUUGAACCCGACGCCUUGUUGGAUGGUUUCAAUCCUCGACCCCCGUUGGAAACCGCUGCCGUCCCUGCCGCUCCCGUUGCACCUGGUCCUGUGAAGGGUGGUUUCAACCCUGCUCCUAGAGUUGAAACCAUAGGUGGUUCUUUCAAUCCGGCUGCUCGGGUUGAAACCACACCCGGUGGUGCCGCCCCUCCCCCUCUCGUUGAACCCGACGCCUUGUUGGAUGGUUUCAAUCCUCGACCCCCGUUGGAAACCGCUGCCGUCCCUGCCGCUCCCGUUGCACCUGGUCCUGUGAAGGGUGGUGUCAACCGUGCCCCUAGAGUUGAAACCAAAGUGGCGCCCCCCUCGAAGCGAGCUGUCAUGCCCGAUCCUCGUGGCGGGAAGCUUUUGCCCGACGGCUUCCGAACCACUGGUCGAGUGGAGACUUCAGUUGAUCCCGCUCUGGCCGUGACACGUAAGCGGAAGGCACCACAAGAUCCGCCCGCACUAGUUCCUGGGCCCGAUUCUGCCGGCAUUGUCCGGGUCCGUGGGCAGAAGGCCAAGAAGAAGGAAGCUGCCAAGGGCAAAGGUCUAGACUUUGAGUCGGGGCUUGGCUUCGCCAACCAUGCAUCCGCAGUGAAAGGGCCUCGGAAGGCCUCAGGUUUCAAUCCUGCCCCGAGGGUAGAAACCGCUGCGCCUGCUCCAACGCCCCUGCAAGAGGCUCUUUCGGAUGCUUUUCUGUCUGCCCUUGCUGGCAACAAGGCCCAGCCCCCUGUGUGGAAGGGGCCCAUGAGCCACGUCUCGGAUGCGGAGCUUGUCGACCGUGUCCAACGUUCACACUCGAGCAGCCUUCCCCCGAGCUCCUUGGCGCUAGACCUUGCAGAUGGGAUUGAAGAGUUUACGCCAGUUGUGGAGCAUGAAGACGCGGUGGAGACGGAACCCGUGUUUUCCCAGGCGACACAGCCUUUGACCCAAUCCGGCCCAGACCACGAUGCAUCGGACGCCGACAGCAUGGCUGACUUUUCACCACCGUCUUUGGGUCGAGUUCUCGUUCCGGCCACCUCGGAUUUGGAAGCUCAAGCUCCUGCUGCAGGCUCCACCUCUUCAUCUGUUGUCGUGGCCCAACUGGACCCUCCCAAUGCAGCACCUGUGCCGCAAGCACCACCGUCUUUGGGUCGAGUUCUCGUUCCGGCCACCUCGGAUUUGGAAGCUCAAGCUCCUGCUGCAGGCUCCACCUCUUCAUCUGUUGUCGUGGCCCAACUGGACCCUCCCAGACCAGCAGAGACAAUGAUGACCCAACACGGCGACGAGCAAGGUGUCCAAAUCCUCCGCAAGCUGCUCAAGAAUUCCCAGGCGACGUGGAAGAGUCCGAUCCAGCAGGAGGCGACACGUGCCGUUCAGGCCUUGAUCACUGACGUCAUGGUGAUCAUGUCCACAGGCGGUGGAAAGACCAUGGUCCCUCUCAUUCCCACCCUUGUCGACGGCGACAUCACGGUCUUUGUCCUUCCCCUCAACUCUCUCAUCGUCGACUACAAGCGCAAGCUCAAGGAUAUGGGAGUCGUCUUUGACCAUUUCGACGGAACGGUCCCCAACAUCCGACCGGACGCCCAAGUCGUCCUCGUUUCCGUCGACCGCGCCCAAACCCAGAAGUGGUACAAUGCCCUUACCGCCCUGGAGGCCACCACCGGGAGUGUUACCAGGAUGGUCUUUGACGAAGCGCACCUGGCCCUCACAGAGAACGACUUUCGCAGGACGUUUACGGAGCUCUCCAGCCUGCGGUCGUUCAGGAUGCAGUUUGUUCUCCUGACGGGAACGUGUCCUCCCAGCUCGGAGAAAGCUCUGGCCGAGGCGUACGGCCUCAUCGAUGGCUACCAGGUCUACCGCGAGACCACCAACCGGCCCGAACUUCAGUAUCUCAUUGAGCCUCCAUGCCGAUCGAACAAGCAGGCCAUCGAGAAGGUCGUCGCCCAAGUCAAGUCCCACAUGCGCCGGAGCCACAGCCAUGUUCUUGUGUUUGUUCAGACUCUGGAGGUUGGCGAGGAGGUGGCCGAACUGCUUGAUUGCGGGUUUUACCAUGGAAAGGUGAAGAAGCCGGAGGAGCGGCAGGAGAUCUACAUGAACUGGUUCUCUGGGAAGAACAAGGUCCUGGUCGCCACGUCCGCCCUCAGUGCAGGCACGGACUGUCCAACGGUCGACCUGGUGGUGCAUUUGGGCGCUCCGCAGGAGAUGGUGCACUAUGUGCAGGAGGUCUCCCGUGGUGGUCGCCGGGGUCAGGCCACCAAGUGUGUUCUUUAUCCUGUCGGGUCUGGCCCCUGGUCGCGCGAGAUUCCGGACGACGACCACAAGGGUCUCAAGGAGAUGGCCGAGUACACUUGGGGGAAGCGUCGAGUUUGCCUCCGCAGACAGAUCACCGCCUUUUGCAACGGCAAGGGCCAGUCCUGCAGGUCGUCUCCCUCUAACCAGCGGUGCGUUCACUGCUUGGAUCUCGUUCACGCUCCUCGCGUCGUUGCCUCUGCUGUCCCGGCUGCGCUGCCGGCUGUCCCUGGGCCCUCUCGGAAGCGCAAGGAUCGGAUGGAGGCAUUUGCUGGAGCGGCCCAGGCAGUCAAGCAGCGCCGGAUUAUGAAGGAGAUGUCUAGCUUGGAGUACGUCAACCGUUUCCGCUCCUGCCUCAAUCUCUUCAACGCCCAGUGCCCGACCUGCCUCGUCCACGGCUCGAGUGUCCUGCCCCACAGCAAGUUCUUCGCCUGCCCCUUCAUCGGUUCUCAGCACAAGGUUUACAAGGACUUCAAGGCCGCUCUCGUCUACAAGGACAGCAACACCCCUGACACUUGCUGCUUCUUCUGCCAUAUCCCACAGGCAGACGAGCGGCUGCACAAGACGUUCACUGGCCGGCCAUCCGAUUGCGAGUAUCCGGACAUUGUCGCCCCUGUGGCGUUUGCCAUUUUCGGGAACAUCAAGAUCCGGGAGGCGGCGCAGGCCAAGUUUGGGGUUAGCUGGCAGACCAUGGACGAAUUUGUCGCCUGGCUCAAUGGACCUACCGUGGAAGGUGCCCGUUCGAACAUCACGGCCCUGUUCAUGUGGUAA